AUAAAAAACAAAGGAAGUGUUAGAGAGAGAGAUUUUGGGAUUAGGUUCUACACUUCGGAUUCUUGUGUUCAGAACUUCAGACCCCAAUCCUCAUUAUAUCUUUCAUUUUGCUCACUCUCUUCUCAUUCACCAAUUCAGUGUUUAACAACUGGGUUUUUGCUCUACAACACAUCUGAGAGAGAGAGUGUGUUUUAGAGAGAAAAAGAGCAUGGCAGGUGGAGGAGGCGGUGGAAAGGCAGAGGAGCCACAGCCACACCCACCAAAGGAGCAGCUACCGGGCGUUCAUUUCUGCAUUACCAGUCCUCCAUCAUGGCCCGAGGCUAUCAUUCUCGGUUUCCAACACUAUAUAGUGAUGCUCGGUACAACAGUUCUCAUCCCCACUGCUCUUGUUCCCCAGAUGGGAGGAGGAAAUGAAGAGAAAGCAAAGGUGAUUCAGACACUGCUCUUUGUUGCUGGUUUGAACACAUUCACCCAAACACUAUUUGGAAGUAGAUUACCUGCUGUGAUUGGAGGCUCUUAUACAUUUGUUGCAGCUACAAUUUCAAUUAUUCUGGCUGGUCGAUUCAGUGAUGAUGGGGAUCCUAUACAGAAAUUCAAGAGGACUAUGCGGGCAAUCCAAGGUGCCAUGAUUGUUGCUUCAACUCUUCAGAUUGUCCUAGGUUUCAGUGGCCUUUGGCGUAAUGUUACGAGGUUUCUAAGUCCACUUUCAGCUGUUCCUUUGGUAUCUCUAGCAGGGUUUGGUCUCUAUGAGUUCGGUUUUCCUGGUGUUGCCAAAUGUGUGGAGAUUGGACUGCCACAGCUUAUCAUUUUAAUACUUGUCUCACAGUACAUGCCACAUGUGAUACACUCUGGAAAAAAUAUAUUUGACCGUUUUGCUGUUAUAUUCACCGUGGUGAUUGUCUGGAUUUAUGCUCACCUACUCACGGUGGGUGGGGCUUACAAUGGUGCUGCGCCAAAGACACAAGCAAGCUGUCGUACUGAUCGUGCUGGACUUAUAGAUGCUGCUCCAUGGAUAAGGAUUCCGUAUCCCUUUCAAUGGGGAGCACCUACAUUUGAUGCUGGAGAAGCUUUUGCCAUGAUGGUUACUUCAUUUGUUGCUCUUGUAGAGUCCACAGGUGCUUUUAUUGCGGUGUCGAGGUUCGCAAGUGCAACUCAUUUGCCAUCUUCCAUUCUCAGCCGGGGUGUUGGUUGGCAGGGAAUUGGCAUUUUGUUAUCUGGGUUAUUUGGAACUGUGAAUGGAUCAUCAGUAUCUGUAGAAAAUGCUGGUCUUUUAGCAUUAACACGUGUUGGCAGCAGAAGGGUUGUUCAAAUAUCAGCUGGGUUCAUGAUUUUCUUUUCCAUUCUUGGUAAAUUUGGAGCAGUCUUCGCUUCAAUUCCAGCACCAAUUGUUGCUGCUUUGUAUUGUCUUUUCUUUGCCUAUGUGGGUUCAGGAGGUCUGAGCUUCCUUCAGUUCUGCAACCUGAACAGCUUCCGAACAAAGUUCAUAUUAGGAUUCUCAAUUUUUAUGGGCUUUUCUGUGCCACAGUACUUCAAUGAGUUCACAGCUAUUAGAGGUUAUGGUCCAGUUCAUACUAGUGGGAGAUGGUUCAAUGAUAUGAUAAAUGUCCCCUUCUCAUCGGAAGCAUUUGUUGCGGGCUGCCUGGCAUUUUUACUGGACAUCACACUCCAUCGGAAAGAUGGCUCAGUUAGGAAAGACAGGGGUAAGCAUUGGUGGGACAAGUUCCGAUCCUUCAAGACUGAUACAAGAAGUGAGGAAUUUUAUUCUUUGCCUUUCAAUCUCAACAAAUAUUUCCCAUCUGUGUAAUCUGCUCGUCACUGAGUUCUAAUGCGGUCUUACCAAGUCUUGCACACUCAAUAGCUCUCUUCGGGCUCAUGCUAUAAUAUUAAUAUCAUCGUUCUUUGUUUUACUUGUGAAUCCUGUUGCAUGCUAUAGCACAGUAUAAAUCAGUCACCUCCUUUACAGGAUGCCUUAGAACAUUUAUUUAUUAAUUUUUCGCUGUAAAUCCAAUGGGUGAAAUGGACUUGACCUAGCAAUGAAGCAAGUUGGUUGCAUUCCUCUUUUGCAA